GAAGGGGCCAUCUCCAAACUGUUCCCACAAAGUUGGGAGCAUGAAAUUGUCCAAAAUGUCUUGGUAUGCUGAUGUCUUAAGAGUUCUAUUCACUGUAACUAAGUCUUUAACUAUUGACUAUUGACAGUUGGUGACUUCUGUGCAGUUGGUGACUCUGCCAUUUUACAUGGCCUUGCUGUUGUUCCUUCCCAAUUGCUUCCACUUUGUUAUAAUGCCACUCGCAGUUGACCGUGGAAUAUUUAGUGGCAAGGAAAUUUCACAGAUGGACUUAUUGCACAGGUGGCAACCUAUCAUGGUACCACGCUUGAAUUCACGGAGCUCCUGAGAGCAACCCAU